AUGGCCAGAGGCGGAAAGAAGAAGCUGGCAACCAGCCGGAAAGUUAACAGUCAAUCGGCAACAGUAGUGAAGCCCAAACAGCAACAGAGUAUCUUUAAAAAGUCUCCUGUACAUGAUCUUUUACAUAAUUUUCAAAGAGUACCUGAUCAAUGGGCUGGUAGAUAUGUACUUGUAAUGUCAGCUGUUAUAUUAAGAGCAGCCAUUGGACUUGGAGGAUUUCUGGGAUAUAAUGUUCCUCCAGUAUUUGGAGAUUUCGAAGCUCAAAGGCAUUGGAUGGAGCUUACAAUUCAUUUACCAGUAUCUGAAUGGUACUUUUUCGAUCUUACAUAUUGGGGAUUAGAUUAUCCUCCAUUAACAGCAUAUCAUCUGUAUAUUCUUGGUAAAAUAGGUAGUUUUAUUGAAGCUAGUUGGUUUACUUUAAAUGAAUCUCGAGGCAUUGAAAUUGAUGGAAUUAAAUUUUAUAUGAGAUUUACAAGUAUUGUUAGUGAAUUAAUUUUUUAUAUUCCUGCCGUAUUAUCAAUUGCAAAUUCUAUGGGAAAGAAAUUUAAUUUAAGUCGAAUGGAUCAAAUUAUAAUCUCAUUAAUUAUUAUAAAUCAACCUCAUUUAAUUUUAAUAGAUCAUGGACAUUUCCAAUUUAAUUCAGUUAUGUUGGGAUUAUUUCUUUAUUCAUUAAUUGAAUUAAUUAAGAAAAAUUAUAUGAUGGCAAGUGUUUGGUUUAUUGCAUGUAUAAAUUUCAAACAAAUGGGAUUAUAUUAUUCAACUUUUAUAUUUGUAUUUAUAUUAAGUCAAUUAAAAUCAUUUCAAGAAUUAAUCCUUGUGGGAUUUACUGUUAUAUUAACUCAAUUAGUUAUUUUAUUACCAUUUAUUGGCGAUAGAAAUAAUCUUAUACAAAUAGUUACAAGAGUAUUCCCAUUUCAUAGAGGUUUAUUUGAAGAUAAAGUAGCUAAUUUUUGGUGUACUACUAAUGUUAUUGUUAAAUAUCGAGAAUUAAUUGAUCUUCAAAAUUUAUCAAAAAUUUCUUUAGCUGCUACUAUAUUAGCAUUUACUCCUAUAAAUUUAAUGUUAUUCUUUAAAUUAAGAAAUUCAAAACAUUUAACUAGAGGUUUAAUUUAUGGAUUUGCUGGUAAUUCUCUUGCAUUUUAUUUAUUUUCAUUUCAAGUUCAUGAAAAGAGUAUUUUAAUUCCUCUUAUACCAGCUACUUUAAUCUUAUUAAUAGAUCCGACACAAAUCGAUAUAAUUCAGUGGGUAAACAAUGUGGGAACUUUUAGUUUAUAUCCAUUAUUAAAAAAAGAUGACUUGGUAUUACAAUAUGCCGUAAGUAAUUUCUUAAUUAACUGGUUAAUUGGUCCUAAAUUAUUAUUAUCUAAUCAAAAUCUUCUUUGGAGUAUAAUAAUUAAAGGUACAUACUUAUUAAUGAUUAUAUGUCAUAUAUUAGAUUAUGCUAUAAUUCCACCUGCUAGAUAUCCUGAUAUAUGGGUAGUUUUUAAUAUUGGAAUAUCUUUCUUAGGAUUUUCCUUAUUCUUCUUAUGGUUGAAUUAUAAAGUUUAUAAGCUUAAGGUUGAGUAG